CUCUCAAGGAUUCAACAUCAUACUCUUUUGAGCAUUCAAACAUUACACAUCCUUCCACAAAACAUUCAAAAUGUGCGUAGAAAUUUCCCAAACUCAACAAUACAACAAAAUGGAUAUCACCGUCACCUCGAACAAGAAAACCAGCUACAGCGUGAAGAAGCUGUUGAAACAAAUCUUCAAACAACAAAAAUCCACAAAAGUUGCUACUGACUCCAUGGAAUCUCUUGAAUCAUUGGAAAAUAGCCGCAACGCCAGUCUAGAAUCGGAUUGUGCCUCCAUGGAAUCUUUUGAAAAUGACAUCAAUGAACAACUCUCAGCAAAAUUAUGCAGCGAAGAGGAAGAAUUCGAUUACAAAUCCGCCUCCUCAGUACCAGUUCACUUCAUUCGCACCGAACAAGGUACCUUCUUUUGGACUACCAACAGUGUCUUUGAUCAGUUAUCCUGCAUGCAAGAUCGUUGGGCCCAAGCUUGAGAAACAAGUCUGUUUACCACG